GCAAGUAUCUAACGUCACUAAACUAUCAACAAUAUGUACAGUCAUUUCAGUGUCAUUCUGUUAUGUCUUUCCGGAGUUUAUUGCAUAUCGUCUAGGAUUGACAAUUUAGAAUGGGAAGAACUAAAUGAAAUUUUAAAAGGCCAAACCGACAUUGAGGAAUGGAGUGUAACUAUGGACCAGUAUAUUCUUAAAAAAAACGAUGAUGGCUCAAAAACCCCUUUUCACGUUGGGAACGCUUUGGAAAAAUUUGCGCAUGAAGUGGAAGUCGACGAAAGUGCUCUGGAAAAAUUCGGAUCAAUCCACGAUACAAUCAAAACAGCAUACCAAUGCGCGUUAGCAAAGUACACAAGUCUUGCCAAUUUCUUGAUAGUACAGGACAUUUUGAUGGUCAGAAAACUGACAGACGAUGCUGUAGAUUAUGUAAACCUGUCAGAAGAACAAGAUAUAAAUACUUUGUUUAGACAAACAUUUCAUGAAUACAGCAAGGAGAGAUAUCACUUGGACUUCGACGUUAAUGUUGACGCAGAUCAAUUCAACAUACUCACCAAACACGGUUAUGACACUAAACAAAAGCAGGAAAUCCACAAUAUAUUUUUUGACAUGAUCAGAAAGGAGAUUGGUGUGAAUAUCAGACACAAAACCUAUCCGGAUGUUCUGAAAGCGAAUCUUCCAAACCAACAUGAACAAGAACGUGUCGAAACUCUCAACAAAUUAAUUUGUGUUCUCAACGAGUCGAUUAUGUUGCUUGACAAUUUCAUCGUAGACAAGUGCGUAGAACACGAGGGCAAUUUUGUAAAAAAUUUCGAAUCCCUAAAAAAUGGCGUCACGGGAGAUUUAAUGUGGCUUCUACAUUAUUACGAUGAACAGAAGGCCAGAGGCGCUGUUGAAUUGUACAGUGAUUUUACAAGAACUCACCCAAUAGGGGCUUCAGGCUGCUUCGUAGAGAAUUUGGAAAUCAAGGUUGCUGGUUUACAAUGGGAUCUGCCAAACAAUAACAUCCCGACCAUUUAUGGCCCAACCGCAUACCGACAAACCGAAACUAAUUACAAAAUUAUACCAACCACCAAUCCGUCGCCAGGCGGGAGCAAUGUAGCUAUGGUAUUGUUUCGCGAUCCAGACACUUCGUUUGAAAAUAUGUAUCGACCCAGCAGUUCUAGAGGCGUUCAACGGUUAAAUGUAAUCGUAGACGCAUCAUAUUGUCCAGUGAUGUAACAAGCGCUCCAGAAACCAACACUGUUAAAGUGGGAUCCAUUUUAAAUAAUUUACACAUACGUUUUUCAAAUAAUAAUCGAAUCUAUAAUAUUAUAAUAUAAAAAUUAUUGUACAAUAAAUCAACU